CCACGAUGCUCCCUCAAAUCUUCAUUUCAGCAUUCAUACUCCUUCUCCCAGUUGCUUCAGGAUCAUUCCCGGAAGUAUAUGGAAUGGGGGGUGAGCCUGUGACGCUGCCAUGUUCUUAUCCCGAAUCUCGUGCACUCUCAUUCGUGUGCUGGGGCCGAGGCGAAUGUGCUUCUGAUACGUGUGGACAAACACUUGUCUGGACUGAUGGAAACCGAAUCAACUAUCGGACAAGCAGUCGCUACCAGAUCAACGCGCAGCUUCUUCAAGGAAAUGCAUCCCUGACCAUCGAUUACGCCUAUGAGAGUGACAGCGGUCUCUACUGCUGCCGAGUGGAAAUGAAGGGAUGGGAUGGUGUGCAGACACUGACCACCUCACUGCAGGUUCAACCAGGAAGCAAUUCGACCAGGAAUAAAGGCCUUGCUAUUGGUCUCUCCAUUUUCGUGCUGCUUCUAGUUCUUGUGAGCUCAUUAGUUGUGGCAAAUUACAUAUUUAUGAAAAAGAGGCCAGGAUCUCAAAGCUUGGUAGCCUUUUGUGUUUCUAAGAUCAGAACUUUACUAAAUAAAGAGGCUGCAUGACCACGAGCCCAAGACAACGGACGUCUACAAUAUUGAAGAAAAUCUUCAUGUCAGCGUUUAAGUUUCAGGAGAAGACAGCUACGGCAUAUCACCAGGCUGGACACCCCUUAAGUGCCUGGACUAUUUUCUGUGUCAGUUCACCUUGAGUUCCCACUGUGCAGCGGC